UGUAGCUGUGAGCUCAAUGAAACCCAACAUGGAUACAACAAAUUGCAUCCUAGUCCAAGAUGUCAAAUCACAACCACAUGAUUUACAUGGCAACGCAAAAGCAAACAAUGGUGGCAGUCAGUUACCGACAGCUUAUCCCACAGAAGAAUCGGUACAGACCAGCACAUCAGAUCAUAGCGCAAAUUUCGUUGGCAGCAAUGGAGGCGGUGGUGGGGCACAGAAUUCGGCACCCUCACUACAGUUGCAGCAUCAGCAGCAACUGUUGUUGCAACAGCAACCGCAUAGCAUAAAUCAACAAAUAGCGGCUGGCAUACCACAAGAUGCCUCCCAUCUGCAGGACCAGUCAUAUAGUGCGCAACAUCAACAACAGCAACAGCAGCAGCUGCUGAAGUGGCCGCAGGUUGUCGAACUGAAAGAACUCAAUGAGCUUUACCAUGCUAACAUUCCGGCUUACCAAUUUUGGAAUUUAGAAUUUCGCAAUAAACAUCCUGCAUUCAUACGUUUUAACUUUACGCUACCGUGGGGCGCAAAUUUUGCGGUCUAUUCACGUCGUAAUGUCGCUCCCUCCGUAACGCAAUACGAUUUCGUAGAGUUCAUCAAAGGCGGUCGUUUGGAUAGUCAUUUGCGGCAUAGACGUAGCGCAGUACACUGGCAAAAUGGUAACGACCAAGGUAAUGGAAGUGAUACACAGAACUUUAAAGAUUUCGCGGAUAUUGAUGUUUUGGCUGCAGGUGGUGAAUACACAAAUAUCGAUGAUUUGCAGCGUGCGUCUCACGAAACAACAAAUGGUAUUCGUUUUAACUACGGGCAUCAAUUUGAUGAUGACGAUGAUGAUGACUCUUUCGAAGAUUUCGGCUCGGAUGAGUACAAUGGUAAUUUUCCACAAGAGAUGGACAUUGAAACACCUUUGGACACUGCUAAGUACUAUGCACAACAGCAUGCUAAACAACAAAAUCAACAUGUCUUGCAAAAGCGCUCUGCCAUGGGUGCAACCGGACCAGAUAGUAUGGGCGGUUUGCCUGCUUUAGACAUGGAUACAAUGAUGGUUAAUGUGUCAUUGCUGCAGUAUUUAGAUACUGGUUUAUGGUUUAUUUCUGUGUACAAUGAUGAAUUAGUUGCGCAUUCGGUAACAUUGAUUGUUGAGGAAGCUGAGGGUGUGAGCACUACAUGUCCAAACGAUUGUUCAGGACGCGGCAGUUGUUAUUUGGGAAAAUGUGAUUGUAUAGAUGGCUAUCAGGGCGCCGAUUGCUCCAAGAGCGUCUGUCCAGUGCUAUGCUCCGCUCACGGCCACUACGGUGGUGGUGUUUGUCACUGUGAAGAGGGCUGGAAGGGUUCCGAAUGUGAUAUACCUGUGGGCGAAUGCGAGGUACCGAACUGUUCGAAUCAUGGACGUUGCAUUGAAGGUGAAUGCCACUGUGAACGUGGCUGGAAAGGACCUUUUUGUGAUCAACAUGAUUGCCUUGAUCCAUUGUGCUCGGGCCAUGGCACAUGUGUCGCUGGUCAGUGCUAUUGUAAGGCCGGUUGGCAAGGUGAGGACUGCGGUACCAUUGAUCAGCAAGUGUAUCAGUGCUUGCCCGGCUGUUCCGAGCACGGUACUUAUGACUUAGAAACAGGACAAUGUGUUUGUGAACGGCAUUGGACAGGACCAGAUUGCUCGCAAGACACUUUGCGCAAAGCAUUUAGUUCAUCUUUUCAAAGAACAGAAAUUGAUGAUAAAUAA